UCUAAUCAGAAAACAGAAGUCUAUGAUUUCAGUUCUGUUUUUCUUUCAGUUCGUGAGUUGUACAUAGUUUGUAUUGAUCUUGUGAAGAUCUGAAAGCUCCAAAUUCGCCUCUUGAACAAAACUAAAUGCACUGCAAAGAACAGACUAUUCACUGUAGUAUUUACUCUGAAAGGUCACCAGUCCCAGAAAUAUCAGAGAAUGUAACUAUGGCAAACCAACCCAAUAUUAGCAUAAUGUUUGGUUGUUUCCCUUCUUUGUUACUAGGUAGUUGGAGCCUUUAGGAACAAAUUUGUCAUUUAUAGCACAGCCCCUUCCCACACAAGACUCUUAUUCUUUGCAAACAUGGAUAAAAAGAUAUUUUUAAAAAUAAGAUUAGCAUUUGAGUUUUAUUGUCUGUGGUUUCAGCUUAAUCUCACAAGGACUUAUUAAAUGUUCUUUUCAGCAUCAAAAACCUAAACAAAUCUUUGGUUUAUCUAUCCGAAAGCAAAGCCAUAUUGUUCAAGUACUAAAAUUUUAACUCCAGAUUAGUUGUGGUGGUUAGACUUAACCCUGAGCUUAAAUACUCAUUCAGACAUACAUUCCCCUGCUACUGAAGGUGGUUGAGGAGAAAUACCAAAGGUGUGGUCUGUUUCUGUUUUACACUGAUUCCCAUCUGUGGACUAGUUUGGAAGAAGGAAAAUAGAAGUUCUGUGUCCUCUCUACCCUCUGAUGGACACUGUGUUUCCUUCUGGGCUAGAGGAAUAAGCCAGAUUUGUCUGCAUUGGAGGUAUAUGUGUCUAGCUAGAAUAGUUCAGAGAGAAGCCUUUUUUAUCCCUUCCCCAUACAGAUGUAGAAAGUCUGGUUCCUUGUUGUUACUGAUUUGUAAUCAUUAAUAUCCGUGAGGAUUUCAUGUCAGCAUGUAAACUCUGGGAAUACAGACCAAGGCAAGUGAAAAAUCACCAUGCAGCUGAGUAUUGAUAGGAGAACCUGUUUCUCCUCUUCAGAUGUAGCAGUGAUGAAUGAGGAAGAGUCUUUUGUAACUGUCAGCCUUUCUGUCAUUCAAAACCAAUCUUUCAAAGUGCUGGUUUUGAAACUGUCACUUCCCUCCUGUUGGCAUUAUGAAAGACCAUAUAAAAAUGCCAAGUUGAAAAAAGUGAAGACAGCCAAGCAAAACCGGUAUGUAUACAUACAUGAGGGUAAUUGUCUAUGGGGGAGCAGUCAGGAGCAAAGGCCAUUGUUUUCUCUACCAAAUACUCUGCCACUUUUUGCAAUCUUUUUUUUAUGAUGAUGAACAGUAUUUCUCAAUCUGUGGGUUGUGAACUUGCAUGUUUUCCAAUUACAUUUUGUAUAUUUAAGUUCGAUAGUUAAAGAUAAGCAGCAGUACACUGAGACAAAUACUUGGGUGUGAGAUAGAGUAGAUGAUAGGGUCAAAGGAGAGCGUAAUCGAAAAAUUAGGUUUUUUACAUACCUAAUAGUUUAAAUCCAUUACCUGGCCUUUUCUUUUUUAUAAAAUCACUGCAGAAUAGAAAGUGGCAUGGAAAAAAAGAUGAUUCACCUCCAACACCUACUUUAUCUUCACUGGCUUGUACUCCUAAACAAUAAUUAAGGACUAGAUUUAAAACUGAACUAAGGCACUGAAGGUUUUUGUCCCCUAUAAAAGAAUGGCACCAAAAGCUCUGCCAGGGUUCAGUUAAAGUUGUGGAGAGUAAAUGCACCUGCAAAUUUUUUGUAAUUGUCUAGUUGGACACAGAGAAACAAAAGUAUUGGCAGGGAAAGAUUCAGAAGGAAAAGAUUCUCACUGUGACUGCUGUGUGCUUUUUUUCAGCUGGAAUGAAAGACAGCAAUCUCCAACCUCAUCUCAGAACUGCCUGCGGAUAACUGCAGAAACCACUUGCGCCGCCGCCGCAAAAUCUGGCCACAGGGAUGGGCAGGGUGCAUUUCCAUGGUUUGGAAUGGAUAUCGGUGGAACGUUGGUUAAACUGGUCUACUUUGAACCUAAGGACAUUACUGCAGAAGAGGAGCAGGAGGAGGUAGAAAAUCUGAAAAGCAUUAGGAAAUACUUGACCUCCAAUACAGCUUAUGGUAAAACUGGCAUUCGUGAUGUACAUCUUGAACUGAAAAAUUUGACUAUGUGUGGACGGAAAGGAAACCUGCACUUCAUCCGCUUUCCCAGCUCUGCCAUGCACAGGUUCAUACAGAUGGGUAGUGAAAAGAACUUCUCCAGUUUGCACACUACGCUCUGUGCCACAGGAGGUGGAGCUUACAAGUUUGAGGAAGACUUUAGAACGAUUGCUGAUCUACAACUUCAUAAACUGGAUGAAUUGGACUGUUUGAUCCAGGGCCUCCUUUAUGUUGAUUCUGUUGGUUUCAAUGGCCAACCAGAGUGCUAUUAUUUUGAAAAUCCUACAGAUCCUGAACAAUGCCAGAAAAAGCCUUACUGCCUUGAUAAUCCAUAUCCUAUGCUGCUGGUUAACAUAGGCUCAGGGGUCAGCAUCCUAGCUGUGUAUUCUAAGGACAACUAUAAAAGAGUCACAGGAUCCAGUCUUGGAGGAGGAACGUUCCUGGGCCUUUGCUGUCUGCUGACUGGCUGUGAGACAUUUGAAGAAGCACUAGAAAUGGCUGCGAAGGGAGACAGCACCAAUGUGGAUAAGCUGGUGAAGGAUAUUUACGGAGGAGACUAUGAGCGGUUUGGCCUUCAAGGGUCUGCUGUAGCCUCAAGCUUUGGUCAUAUGAUGAGUAAAGAAAAGAGAGAUUCCAUCAGUAAAGAGGACUUGGCCAGAGCUACUUUGGUCACCAUCACCAACAACAUAGGUUCUAUUGCUCGCAUGUGUGCAUUGAAUGAGAACAUCGACAAGGUGGUUUUUGUUGGCAACUUUCUCAGAAUUAAUAUGAUUUCUAUGAAGGUGCUAGCAUAUGCAAUGGAUUAUUGGUCCAAGGGACAGCUGAAAGCUCUGUUUUUGGAACACGAGGGUUAUUUUGGAGCUGUUGGGGCUCUUCUAGAAUUGCUUAAAAUGACAGAUGAUCAGUGAUGAAGCUAUCUGAAGAGAUUCCUACUGCAGAUGCUGCUGGAUAAGAGUGAAAGCCACUACAAGGAUGGAAAUGAAGCCAUUAUGGUAGUUCUACCUGCUGGAUUUGUAAAUAAUUUAAAAUUCUUUUAGCUGAUCUUUAACUUCUGGGUUUUGAGCUUAUACUUCAGAAUUCGUAUUGGGAAUAAUGAGAAUUUUUUUCUGUACACUGUAUUUUUUAGGGGAAAAAUGUGCAAAGCAGCCAAACAUACAGAUUUUAUGGAUUUAUUUUAAAAAGCAGAUACUGUUUAAUGUAUAACCUAUGAUAUGAGGCAUCUGCUUUUCUUCUGGGGUUUACUGAUUAGUGUGAUAAUUUUAACUUCAUUUAGUAAUCACUCUAGGAGAUAUUUUUAUCUUAUUUUCAUGACGUUUCAUGAUUUGUUCUUGGUUUCAAAUGAAACUACAAAGCUGAUGCAUUUUACUGUGAAAACUAGUCGUUGAUUUUGUUUGCCUUUCGUUUCCUCAUUGAUGAGACACUUUCUUAUUUAACAUCUUCCCCACUCCCCCCCAGAAAAUAAAUUUACAAACUUUCUAUGACUACAUGGCUUUCUUGGCAAGACUGUGAGAAAACUUGGUGGAAGCAGGGGGUUUAAGAUUCUUAAUGUUUUCAGUAGUCAUGACUUACAACAGGAACAGAGUGGUAACUGGUUUUGCAGGACUAAUUCUCCUUUAUGUUAAAAACUUUAAACAAUAUGUGAACUAAAAUCUUAAUUAUUUGCUUGACACUAAAAUAAAAUCCUGUUCCUGUUGAAAAUCUCUGAUCUAUAUGAGGAGUUCUGUAGUACAGAUGUUACUUAUAUGGUACAUACUUGGUGUUAGGCGACAAAGGGAGGAGUUUGUUUUCAUUUAUUUGAAGAAUUUUUUGUAGUCUGCAAUUUUAAACUUGUUCUUAAUCGAAAACAACUGAUAAUUGCAUUAUUCAAAGCCCAGUUUCUAAAAUUAGAAAAACACUGACUAAUGUAUUUUCUGGUUUUAAGUUGAUAUUAACUUUCCCUCCAGGACACUAAGACUUGAGUGGGUUUUCCAAUACAGUGUUUUCUACCUUUUUUGAUUUGUGGACCUCUCUAGAUUAUUAAUUUUUUUCUCAGUUAAAUUGAGACCCUUUUGAAACCUAUGUCCUUAGGUUGCUGCAUAGCAUGUAUAAACUUGCUGUUCUUGGACACUGUGAGGGCUCACAAAUCAGAAGCUGAAAACCAGUCCAUAAAUUUUGUCUUGCAAAAACUGUAUGUGAUGUCACAUAAAGCAAAGGGCUCAUCAGAAGGACAGUAUAAAAUUCAGACACAUGUAUUAUCCAGUAUAUUUUUGGAAGGGGUUUAUUUCACUUUUUUUAAUAGUCAUUAAUUUCUUCCGAAUGUUGAAAUAAAUUAAUAUCAACAGAAGUGUUAACUUGUCUGAUGGAAAUAAAGACCACUACUGUUUUGACUG